CACUCCCGACUCUUCACCUCACUCCGUCCCGCGGCCACUUCCACUCGAUUGGAUUCAUGCUCGGCCCUCGCCCGCCAUGCAGAACAACCACGCCAAGGAGCACCUCUACAAGAUCCUGGUCAUAGGAGACCUGGGCGUGGGCAAGACCAGCAUCAUCAAGCGCUAUGUGCACCACAACUUCAGCCCAAACUACAGAGCCACCAUCGGGGUGGACUUUGCCCUCAAAGUGCUCAACUUGGACCAGGAGACUGUGCGCCUCCAGCUGUGGGACAUCGCAGGUCAAGAGAGAUUUGGCAACAUGACCCGCGUAUACUACCGCGAGGCAAUGGGCGCCUUCAUAGUGUUCGAUGUGACAAGGCCCGCCUCCUUUGAGGCAGUCACCAAAUGGAAGGAGGACUUGGAUUCUAAAGUGACACUAGCCAAUGGGAAGCAUGUGGCCACGGUGCUCCUGGCUAACAAAUGUGACCAGGGACGCGAUGUACUCACCAAUAAUGGAAUAAAGAUGGAGCAGUUCUGCCAGGAGAAUGGCUUUGUGGGAUGUUUUGAGACAUCGGCUAAGGAAAACAUCAACAUUGACGAGGCAGCUAACUGCUUGGUGAAACACAUAAUUUCCAGUGAGAACGACAUGCUCCAAUCGGAGGACCCGGAUACCAUCACCCCCCAGUUAGAUACGGACAAAGGCGGGACAUGCUCCUCCUGCUUCAGAUCGCAGUAAUGGCUCCAGGCGCGUGGGCGACCUCGUGUACAUUACUCCACACAAAGUUGGUGUGUUUGCAGAGAGCUUGUUGAUGCCUUCCCCCCCCCCCCCCCCCCUCCCGAUAGCUCACUUUGGCUGCAGGUGGGCUAGAGCUGAAGGAAUGGACGGAUGCAAAGAAAGAUGGUGAAAGAACAAUAGACCAGGCUGCGUCUGCCUGUCAAAGACAAGGUCACUCAUGUCUUUUGCACUCCCGCUUCUGUAACCAUGGAGACGCAGUUACUCAAUGAACACAUGCAGAGAGCGAGUGCAGCAAAUGAGAGAAUGUCUUUGUUAAAGGUUCAGAUCUUCAAUCCGUGUUGGGUGUCACUUCUUUUGACCUUUCCAUCGCAGUCUCUCACCCACUCUUUGGUUUUCUUUACUCGAUUGUUUUGUCUCUUUAUCUUUUCCGUCCCCUUUCUACUGACUGCAAAUAGAGAAUGUUCAAUAUUUCCUUUGCAAUGAUCCAAAGCAGCUCUGCUCCAAAUUCAACAAAACUACAGUGGAUAAGUAAUAUAUUAUGUCAUAUUUUGAAAAGAGGCUCCAGUCUGCAACUGCUGGCCUUUCUUACCAAAUCAACAAUCACACGUGUGUAAUUACAGUGGCCUUUUUAAAAAUCUAGUUUUACCAAAUAUUUUAUUUAUAAAUGCAUUUAGAGGAAUAUGAAAACAUUCAUAAUAUUUUUAUACUCAGGAUAGAUUUGAACAUACUGUAUUAUUCAAAAUUUAAUAACAAUGCCUUGUGUUUUUCAAGAAUGUGAAAUAAAACCAAGAUAAACACAUUUUAUUUUGAUCUGC